CGCGGCCCGCCGGAAGUGACGCGCUGCGGGCGCGCCCCGGGCAUGGCGGCGGCGGAGCCCGGGAUGAAGCAGUUCAAUGGCGGCGGCGGCGCCGCGCCGGACGCGGAGCGCGGCCGCUUCCCGCACUGCGUGGUGUGGACCCCGAUCCCCGUCCUGACGUGGCUCUUCCCCAUCAUCGGCCACAUGGGCAUCUGCACCUCCGCCGGCGUCAUCCGCGACUUCGCGGGGCCCUACUUCGUCUCCGAAGACAACAUGGCAUUUGGGAAACCUGUGAAGUACUGGAAACUGGAUCCCAGCAAAGUCUACGCCACUGGUCCCAACGCCUGGGACACGGCCGUGCACGACGCGUCCGAGGAGUACAAGCACCGCAUGCACAACCUUUGCUGUGACAACUGCCAUUCCCACGUGGCUCUGGCCUUAAACUUGAUGAGAUACGAUAACAGCACGUCCUGGAACAUGGUGAAACUGUGCUUCUUCACACUCCUCUAUGGGAAAUACGUCAGCAUAGGGGGGUUUGUGAAGACCUGGCUGCCCUUUGUGCUCUUCCUGGGGGUGAUUGUGACCGUGGUUCUCACCCUCCACCUGCGGUGAUGGCAGCCCUGAGCCCCCCAAUGCCUGAGCACACAAAGGAAGAAACUGUGACUGAUCCAGCAGGAUGGAGCCGUGGGACUCUGGGAGCCUCUUCCAGGGAAGGUGGCAGCCCCACUCCAUCGUGACAGCUCAUCCUCAUCUCCUGGAGGUGGCUUCUUUUCCUCCUGUUUCUGUUCUGUCGAUGGUGUCUCCCAGUGUCAGGGGUCUGGAAGCUUCUGCGCUCUCUCUUUCUGCAGCUGGGGGGUGGGGAUGGGAUCAGGAAGGGAGAGGGGUGGGCACCUUUCAGUGCCAAGGAAAGCCUCGAGGCAGACUUUGCCUCCUGCAGUGGCACAAGCAGAUACACCUUGGGAGGGGCUCUCUGAUCACCUGCUUUCCUCCUCUUCAUCAGAUGCUUCCUCAAAUUCCCUGUGUCUCCAGUUGGGAGGUGCUGUUUUCCCUGUGGCACACCUCUCCAGUAGCACACAUUCCAGAGGGAACUGGGGGGUUCUUCCUGGGAGGACGGGUGCCCCAGCACUCAGCGAUGGCCGCCCAGCAGUGGCAGGAGGGAGCUGAGGUGGGACACUCCUGAGGGACGCUCUGUGGCAGGGCCAGCUCCCCUGGUCCUGCUGGUGAGCCUGGAAAGGCAGGAAAGCCCAGGGCUGGCUUGGGAACAGGUUCCUGCUGACUGCAGAGGGGGGAGAAGAGCUUUUCCACUCACACAUGAAAAACAGCUCAUUACUCCAGUACCUGACAGAUUCCAAGGAAUCAAUUUCCCGAGUGCUUGUGGCCAGCAGGAAAGCUUUUCUGGGGUCCCUGCCACGUCUGCAGCUUCCUCUGACUGGAGCCCACUCACUGUCGACCUGCUGGUUUUCAGACCCCUCCCCAUGUGCCUCUCCCACUUCCCCGACUCCUCCAGCCAGGUGGGAGGGUUGGACCCUCCACUUGAGCUCGUUUCUGUGUUUCCCCUUUUCCUCAGUCACUUUUAAAUCACCCCUUACGCCUCCUGCUCAUUAUUGUCCCUCUGUCACCCCACUGUGGCCUUCCCCAUGAACCUGGAGCUGAAGCGUUGCAGUGGCUGCUGUGUCCGGGCGUUCCCUUCCUGCGUGGAGAGCGUGGGAUGGAGGGAGCUGGGCCUGGGGCUGCUGGAGCGCUGAAAUCCUCAUCAAAGAGAGCCUGGAUGAAAGGACCCAGUGUUCCGAGCUCUGUUCUCCGCCCAGGAGCCGCUGCCCAGCCCGGGGCGAGCCAGCCGGGUGGAGAGGGGCGUGCCUUCCCCGUGUGUUCAGGGUGACUCCUCCGAGUGCCCGGCCCCGGGGCUGGAUCCACCCUCAGCAAUAACCUCGAGCCCCUCGGCCCAUCCCGUCUGUGUUUUAUCCACGAGCUCUACAAGAAUUGCCAAAGCUGAGACUUGGGGGUGUCAGGGGGCCCCUGGACUUCCAAAACCUCACUGUAGAAUUCCCCCUCGUUUGCUCCUGAUGCUUUUUACCAGAGCGGAGUUUGGAAUGGCGAGGGCGAGCCCCCAUCCCUCAUCCUUUGUUCCCUUCAUCUCUGCGGGGCGCUGGAUUUCUUUGUAAAUAUUUAAACUCUGCUUCUGUGGUUUCAUAAUCCCGACGGCAGGGAAAUAAACUGAUUUCUGUGGAUA